CUGAGCUUGACCCCCCAUUACCUAUCGAUAGGAAGCUCCUUGAUGUUAAAUCUGUGACUUGACACUAGCCUAUACAUCAGCAGAAAGGAAAACGCGCCACUAAAAAUGGACUCCAUUAGAAGCUCACAAAUUACUGAAGGCAUACGAUGCAUAUCAGAGUCAAUGUUUAUGGGACUGUGUCGUAAAGUGGGGACCUCACAACUGGUGGCCAUGAGGAGAGAUGUGAUCGACAUCAGUGAUAUGGCGGAAAAUCAAGCGAGAGAAAGUGAUAAGUUCAAAGGAAUGCUGAGUGGAAGUCGCAAAGAAGGACUCAGACUGGAAGGAUCAGAUAAUGACAUUAUGCAGUGGCCAAAUGAUCACCGUGUGAUCUGGAAAUUAUCUCAGUCUCAGUAUUACAACACACAUAGACUAACACUAAUCCUCUGUGACUGUUCUGAUAGUCCACCAGGAUUUACUUUGUUAUAUUUAUUGUCACCUAGCAUGAAUAGAGAAAUCCAGAGAGCGUGUGUUAGAAUGAAUAACAGAUAUUAUAUAUCUAGUUCUAAACACAGACAGAUCUUUUUAUCUGAGUCUUCACUACCUUAUAACACCACUCCACAUGGACCCUGUAUCAGUGGAACAAUUGGAAGACACGAAUAUGAUCAUGCCAUCUGUUUUGUCAGUAACUUUUGGCCUCCCUCUGCCUUUCCAUGGAUAGACAGAUGUCACUCAUGGCCCCAGCCUUAUGUUGUAAAUGAUAUAGUAAAGAAUGGAUGCCACUUUGUAGCAAUUGGACAUAAGCUAGGAAAUCAUGAAGAUCAUGAAUGGAGAAUUUCUUUCUCCCAAGCAGAACAAAAACUUGUGUAUGUAAUGGAUCACUGUCAAUUCUUAACUUAUGGCUUACUCAAAUUGUUUUUAAAAGAAAUAAUUAACAAUGGAGUAUGUGAUGAUGAUAAAUUACUGUGUUCCUAUCAUAUGAAGACGGCAGUUUUCUGGGUGAUUCAACAAAAUGCAAUACCUCACUGGUGUCCACAAAAUCUCCUUGGGGGUUUCUGGGUCUGUUUUAAACUCAUCCUCAAAUGGGUGUAUGAGGGGGUCUGUCCUAACUUUUUCAUUCCAGGCAACAAUAUGUUUCUGAGUAAAAUUCAUGGUGUCAAACAACAACAAUUAUUUAGAAGACUGUCAGAGUUGUAUAAAAAAGGUGCAGCAUUCCUGCUACGUAGUCCCUCCAUUAGAUCUUGUAUCUUAGAUGUCCUCUAUAACCCCAGAAACUCCAUCUGUACAGAUGAUCAUACUCUGAUUUCUGAGUAUGAGUUUGAUAGAAAUCUAUUUCGUGAAAUACUAUUCUAUUACGUAAAUCCAGGCAAAUUGGACAUACAAGAGUGCAUUAGAUAUCUACAUACAAUAGAACAGAUGAUAGGUUCACCCCUCCUGACACAGUAUCAAGUCGUUAUGCUACAGAACAUGAUCGCUAGGAUCCUUCAGUACACUGCUUUUAUGUUACACAUGGAAACUUACUCAUUUGACAACAAACUGAGUUAUAGAGCUGACAAAAUGUCCUGUCACAUGCUGAAAUUAACAGCCAAGUUUGGUUGUAUUACAGAUAUGCUGUACAUAGCCAUGUAUUAUUACAAGACACUUAGAUUCAUGGAAGCUUUAUCUAUUAUAGAGAUAACCAAGGUCAAGUUAGCACAGCCAUAUGUAAUGCAUAGAUAUGUAGAUACAGAGAUGUAUAUUGAGGCUGUAGGGGGACAGUCCUGGUCUACAAAGAUGAGACAGGCUGUAGCAUGGGUUAUCAGACUUCACAAAAGAUUCCAUUGCAUCAGGGAAUUAAUACCAGUACAACAGUCUCUACAGAAUAAUCAGGAUUUAUUAAUCAUCCCAACCUUUAUCCUGUUAUACAUGCUUGAGAUUUUUUGCUACAGACAUGUAGACACAAUGCGAGUACAAACAGCUCUAGAUGAGCUACAAACCCUAGUUCACUAUGAUCAGGGACAGCUUAUACCUUUACGUCAACGAGACAUAUCGUGGCAGAUUCUGGGGAUCUGUCAACAGGUGACAGGGAACCUCCAGGCUGCUCUAUACUCAUUCCAACAAUCUCUCAGACAAGAACCAUACAACAGAAUACACACAGCUGCAGAAAUGAGAAUACAGAGCUUGUCAAUGGAUUCCCUUAAUUAAUUUAAUGUCAGAUGAUAUUUGUAGGAGUUCACCUGAUAGAGAUUUAUCAUUUACAUAUCCUCUUCUGAUUCUAUAUUUUCUUUUCUGUCUAUUUUAUUACAUGUAUUACAAAGCUAAUCACUAGUCUAUACAAAAAUGAAAGAGGCACCAUUGCUUAUCAUCAAUACAGUCAAACCUGUAUUAAGCAGCCACCUGCAGGGAGGCAUUAAAAGUGACCUUUAUAGAGAGCUGAGCUUUGGAUAGAUGUUCAUCUUUUUAUAGGAAUUUAUUUACAAGUAUUUCAGUUUAUUUGUGUUUAUACAUAAUGUAUUUCACUUGAAAUAUACAAGGAAGUUAGGUAUUGGGCAUAAGUGAUCUCACUUUUAAUU